CUUCUGCCUUCUACCGUUUGUUCUUGCUCUUCUCUCCAACCAAACUCUGCUGGCUUUGACGGUGACACAGUCAAAAGUAUGGGCGUGUUGUGGCUCAUUGCAAAGUACCUGCCAUGUGCUGGCAUCAUGGUGUCAAGGCGUAAAAUUCUUUCACGUUCUAGAGAUGAUCUAAAUUUGGAUCAGACUUUUAGUCCACAGGAAGAGGAAGAAGAUGUCUGGUAUCAGAAGGAGAAAUUAUAUAAGGAGCACAUACAAGAAGUCUUAGACAAAUGGACACAAAUCGAUGAUGAGAUUUGGGCAAAAGUAAUUGUCUUCGAACGCAAUCGUCGCGUGGCGAAAGCAUACGCACGCGCACCAGUGCUCACAAUAAAUGGCUCGGAUGAUGGUUUUGAUGGCAUGCGCAUUGGUUUAUGCGGUUUUGAUAAUCCCAUGCGCGAUCAAAAGACCGAAGAAUAUAAACGGCAUAUUGGGCAGGGCGUUAAAAUCAAAAUGGACGAUGCUGGUAACAUACUUGUGCGUCGCUAUGCCAAAAGCAACGUUUACAUCAAGAGUACAGCGAGUGCUCCCAACGAGGAGACGUCAAUUGGUGCCGAUAUACUCAAAUUGCCAAAUCAAGCAUUGGAAAGUGAAAAAAUAGUCAAAUUAUUCGAUAUGAAGAAAUUUCAAUCAAAUGUAAAUCGUGAACUUCGUCGUGCUUAUCCCGAUCGUCGACGCCUCGAGACACAAUGCCUCUCUGUUGUGGCUUUUGUCAAAUCGGAGAAUGAUAUAUUGGAAUGUCCCAUUUGGGUGCUCAUUGUAAAUGUAGUCGCAAUGGAUAUGUUAAAGAGCAAAUUGCCGCCAGUACAACGCCCAAUAGUGGACAUUAAGAAUCGCCCUCGCAUACCCAUACCCGAUGAGGAUCCUUACAGUGUCGCUGGCAAUGGUAGCGGUGGCAGUUCGGGCAGCUCUGGUUUUGGUGCUGGCAGCAGUUCGGGUCAUCAUUCGCAACAACAGCAACAAGGUGCCAUCGUUGGCGGUAGCGGUGGCGGCAUGGGCGUUGGCAUGCACGGCAUGAAUGGCAUGAAUGGCGGUAGCAUGAAUGGUGGUGGAACAGCUGUCGCAGGUCAUGUGGCAGCCACGCGUGAGCAAUUGUUGCUGCAGACACAACAAUUGGCACAUAAGCGCAGCGAAAAGCCACCAAAAUUGCCGCCACGCGAUAAUAUUUAUUCGCAUGAUAUUAUACCGAAGCCUGAUUACGACGAUAUCGAGGUGGAUACUAGAAUCAAAUUGGCACGCGGUAAAUCUGAUAAAGGCAAAGACAAUAAAAAAUAUGACGAUCCCUACUAUUGCGGUUUGCGGGCGCGCGUACCGAAUUUCGUGAAAUCCUCCAAGUCUAGUAAGGAGCACAAGGAACACGCCACUAUCAGUAGCACUGUCAAUGGUAACGUCAGCAACACGAAUGGUAACUCGAACGGCAACCACAUGAACACGCUCAGCCAGAAGAAGACUUCGAUGAUACACAUGUCGAUGACAGCGCCGAAUUUGCACGCCAUGCAUGUGGCGCCACCACAGCCACCACCACACAUGCAUCCACAUCACAUUCAACAACAGCAGCUGAUGGCCGCCGCUGCAGCACACGCGGUGCAUCAUCAUCAUCCAGCAGCGAAUGCGGCUGCUGCACAUCAUCAACACCACAUGGCGCAGCAUCCGAUGUGGCAGGCGCGCAGCUUCGAAAGCGGCAUAGAUGCCGACUUAAUUGAAUCACCAUAUAAUCACAUCUAUGGCCGCUUGCCACUGCCAACACGCGGCUAUGUGCCUACACCUCGCACCAUGUACAUUGGUGAAUGGGAUUGAUGAGCCGGUAAAAGGUGGAUAACAGAGAUAGAAACACAAAUGAAAAACACUUAGCACUUGCUAUACAUACAUACAUACAGAUAUAUAAAAAAAUAUUUAAAUAAGUACUAAGUAUAUAUUUGUUUACGUAUAUUUACAAGCUUAUGUAUUAGCAUAUAUGAAGAAGGUAAUAUGUAUGCAAAAUUUAUUAACUAAUUAUAAGCUGGAAUUGAAGGUCAAAAAAUUUAAUAAAUC